ACGAUAUAAAUAAAUUAGCCUUGCAACAUGAGAAAGAGUGUUAUAACUAAGACUCAUCCGAUGGUGUUCAUAAAUUUCCGAGGAGUGGAAAUACGCCAUGCCUUUAUUAGCCACCUUGUUGCCGCCUUUGAACAACACAGAAUAAAUUUCUUCAUAGACAAAGAUGAACAAAAGGGAAGAGACCUUAAACACCUCUUCAAAAGGAUCAAAGAAUCGCAUAUUGCGCUAGCAAUCUUUUCGAGGAGAUAUGCGCAGUCCAAAUGGUGCUUAAACGAGCUGGUGAAGAUAAAGAAACUCGCAGACAAUAAAAAACUCAAAGUGGUUCCGAUUUUCUAUAAGGUGAAGGUAGGUGAUGUGAGACACCAGAAGGGAGAAUUUGGUCGCAACUUUUGGAAGUUGGCAAAGGCUUCAACUGGCGAGGAGAUCAAGAAAUGGAAGGAAGCAUUGGAAUUCGUUUCAUCAAAGAUGGGUUUACCUUUAGGAAACAAGAGGUACUCUUCAUGAUCUUCCAUUCUUUUUAUGAAAGUUUUAAGUGAACAGAACCGCAUUUGUGUAUGUCUGUGUAUGUGGGAAGUAAUAUUUUGUGCACACACAUGGCAUAGCCUUGAAAAAUAAACAGUCGCCUCUCUU